CGCCCGGUGCUAGAGGACACGGCCAAGAUGGCGGCGGCGGGAGCGUUGCGGCUGCUGGUUCCGCGAGGCCGCCUUCUUUCGCCGCGCAGGGGCCUCCACCUCUCCGCGCCCGCCGCCAUCCAGGUGACGGUGCGGGACGCGCUGAACCAGGCGCUGGACGAGGAGCUGGAGCGGGAUGAGCGCGUCUUCCUGCUGGGCGAGGAGGUGGCCCAGUACGACGGUGCCUAUAAGAUCUCCAGGGGGCUGUGGAAGAAGUACGGGGACAAGAGGGUCAUCGACACCCCCAUCUCUGAGAUGGGCUUCACGGGAAUCGCCGUCGGUGCCGCGAUGGCGGGCUUGAGGCCGGUGUGUGAAUUCAUGACGUUCAACUUCUCCAUGCAAGCGAUCGACCAGGUUAUCAACUCUGCCGCCAAGACGUGCUACAUGUCUGCAGGAGCCAUCCCCGUCCCCAUUGUUUUCCGUGGGCCCAACGGCGCUUCGGCUGGCGUUGCUGCUCAGCACUCGCAGUGCUUUGCUGCCUGGUACGGGCACUGCCCGGGGCUGAAAGUCGUCAGCCCUUGGAGCUCAGAAGAUGCUAAAGGGCUGCUGAAGGCAUCGAUCCGGGAUGACAAUCCAGUUGUGAUGCUGGAAAAUGAAUUGCUGUAUGGUGUUCCCUUUGAGAUGUCUGAACAGGCACAGUCAAAGGACUUUGUUGUUCCAAUUGGAAAGGCCAAAAUAGAAAGGGAAGGAACUCAUGUUACAUUAGUGGCACACUCUAGGCCUGUUGGGCACUGUUUGGAAGCAGCUUCUAUCCUGGCCAAAGAAGGUGUUGAGUGUGAGGUUGUCAAUCUGCGCACCAUCAGACCAAUGGAUAUUGAAACGGUGGAAGCCAGUGUUGCAAAGACAAACCAUCUUGUAACUGUGGAAGGAGGAUGGCCACAGUUUGGAGUAGGAGCUGAAAUCUGCGCCAGGAUCAUGGAAGGAUCUGCCUUCAACUACUUGGAUGCUCCAGCUGUGCGUGUUACAGGUGCAGAUGUUCCCAUGCCUUACGCAAAAAUUCUAGAAGAUAACUGCAUACCUCAAGUGAAGGAUAUAAUAUUUGCAGUGAAGAAAACUUUGAAUAUCUGAGUUGUAAAUAUGUUUUAAAGUCCUGCUUUAAAAAGUAUUAAUGGUAUAGGGCAACUUGUAUGCAAAACUUUGUUGUAUAGCUGCAUAAACUUUUGUACAGUGAAGUACAGCGAUCUCCCAGAAUAUUUAUAUGGCUGCAAUGGGGUCUGGUGGGGUUUCUCUCUAAGCCACUGCAUUUAAGUAACCCUGUGGUAAUGCUUGUCUGUAAGUUAGCUUGUACUUCAGCUGGGUUAGGAUCUCUCUGUAUGCUCUAAAGUCAGAGGGAAGAAGAGGUCUUCCAUUUCUGCUUGUCCUGUAAGAUCAGACCAGCUGUGCUAAACUGACAGUGAUGGUGGUUGAGUGCAGAAUGGUAGUGAAUAAUAAGGGCCACCCUGAGUCUAGUCCUAGGAUGCUGCACAGCUCUCUAGGAGCCUGUGUUUGCAAGGCUUACUAAAGGCAAAUGAUAAAACCAGAGCUGAGUGAAGCCUUGCUUUUUAAUUCAACAGUUUAACAAAUACCUGUAUAAAAUGGCUCUGGAAGCCUGUAGUAUGGGUUAAGAGGUGGCUCGUGCUUUCUUCAAAGAGUGCUCUGGUCAUACAGGAAAGCUGCACAAGAGCUUGAUUGAAGAUCCUGAUCCUCUUCAGUGUGUGGUGGGAAAUAAUAGCUAUUUAUUCUUUAUUAACUGUCACGUGCAUUUUCUAUGCCAGCUGUCAUGUACAGUGAUAAAAAAACUUGCUCAGAUGUUUUGUUUUUAUGUAUGGUUUUGUGCCUUGUUUGUCUGUUUGCUUGUUUUUUAAACUCAACAACGGUAUGCACAAACUAUAGUUCUUACAGGCAAAAAAGAAAAAAAGUUACUUUUUUCAGACCUGGGUAAGGUAAUAAACUAUUCAAAAGCAGUUGUUUGGGUAUGUUUGAAGAGCUGGGCAACAACUGCACCAGCUUUUGCUGCAACCACAUACCAGGGUUCAGCUAAGGAGCUGACAGAGAGGAUUUGUUCUUUGUUCAGCAGCUUCUGUUACUGCCCUGGUAGAGACAGUCUGCCUACAGAAGGCAGUGCAGCACAGCUUGCUGUACAGCCAGGAAAAGGUGCCUUCCAAUGAACCGUUCUGGAGCAGAUACUUACCUCUCUUAAGCAGACACAAGGGCUCAGGUCCUACUUCAGUUACAGGUCAGGAAUCCAAGGCAUUUCCAAGCAGAAGUGCUACUCGACUCUCAGAAGUCAGGCUUGCAGGCAAAAUGCUAGCUGAACACAUCCACCACCACGCUGCUGGAGGAACUCCAUUAACAUUUUAAUAAAAAUGACUGAAUAUCACAGGUUACAUGAAACUGUACAGACAUUCUCUGCAUAGUUACAAACAUGGAUGUACUUGAAUUUUAAAAAAUGGAUUAUCUAUAAUCCUUUAAAGUGCAAUUUGUUUAAGGUUUUAAUCAAAUCGAAAAAUGAUCUUUCAAUAAAGUAUAAGCUGUAAAAUUAA